AUGCCCCACACCCCGACAAGGCUAAUCAGCCCCUAUGGCUCUGAUAGGUUGGUGCAGUUAGCCGCUAGGCUCCGGCCAGCGUUGUGUGAUACCCUGAUCACUGUAGGCGGCCUGGAGUUCCCUGCUCACAGCCUGGUGCUGGCAGGUGCAAGCCCAAAGCUGGGUUUCGGGGGCCGGUGGGCUCUGGUUGAAGGCAUCAGCCCUUCCACCUUUGCUCAGCUUCUGACCUUUGUGUAUGGAGACAAUGUAGAGCUGCAGCCUGGGGAGCUGGGGAACCUUGAAGAGGCAGCCAGAGCCUUGGGGGUGCAGGCCCUGGAAGAAGCCUGUAAGAGAGCACGAGAGGAGAAGCAUGAAGAUGAGCUGGACCCAGGACUGAAGAGGCACCAGCAAGCAGAAGAGCUCGUGAGGAGCUCUGAGAGAGGACUGGGGGGUCCUGGAGAGAACCAGAAACCAGAGGAGGAUUUUAGAAGUAAUGGGAGACAGCAGGAGAUGUCACACAAGCACAGAGCACCCAGAAAGAGCCCUGAGACACAGGGAGAGGCACUCAGCCCAGCCCCCGUGAGCGAGGUCGCGAGAGGUAGAGCGAGCAGCAAGGGCUCUGAGGAGUGGCUUCGUGGGUGCCCUGGUCCCCUCUCCCCACCAGGCUCCCUCCUAACUAGCCUCAUUGCCAGGCCCUGGUGGGCUGAGGCCCCUUGGUUGGGGGAGGGCCAACCUGCCCUGUGGAGCAUCCUGCUGUGGCCGCCCAGAUACGGCAGUCCCUUCUCCCAUAGCACCCCCAUCACUGCGGCCUGGCGGGGCUGGCCUCAGGAGCAGAGGAUCCCACUGACCUUGAACCGCUCCAAAGGUCUCUGGAGUCAGAAUCAGCUGGCCUACUCCAGCUCCACUCCAGGAUCCUUUCCCCGGGGCCUUCAAAAACUCAGCCCUUGGGAGAUAGAAGAGUCCGGGCAAGGGUACACAGGCACAGUGGCGACUGUUGUGGGUCAAGAACGCUCCCCAUCUCACCAGCAUCCUCCUUCCCCCUCUCCUGCGCGUUCUCGGCCCUAUUCUUGCUCUGUCUGUGGAAAGAGGUUUUCACUCAAGCAUCAGAUGGAGACGCAUUACCGAGUCCACACAGGAGAGAAGCCCUUCUCCUGUAGCCUCUGUCCACAGCGCUCCCGGGAUUUCUCUGCCAUGACCAAGCAUCUGAGGACACAUGGGGCUGCUCCCUAUCGCUGCCCUCUAUGCAAGGUUGGCUGCCCUAGCCUGGCUUCCAUGCAGGCGCACAUGCGGGGCCACUCGCCGAGCCAGCUGCCGCCUGGAUGGACCAUACGCUCCACCUUCCUCUACUCUUCCUCUCGGCCGACGAGGGCCUCCAUCUCUCCCGGGAGCCCUUCCUCCCCCUCUGCCACCUGACCCGGUGCUGGCAGCUUCUCUGGCUUAGCAAGAAUCCAACUAAAGAAUGUGAGAUGGGAGGACUCAGCCGCCUAGCAAAUUUGACUGCAGAAGCGCUGCCGGACAGGAGCCCCGAACUCUUUCUGGAUGAGCGAGGGUUGCAGAAGUCUCGGCCGGCUGGCGAGCCCGAGUUAAGGACGUACCAGUUGGUGAAGAUUAACUGAGGACUAUCGAUUUCAUCACUAUAAUAAAGA